AAGAACAAUAUCAAUAACAAUGCCAAGAAAACACCAAGAUCUCGUGGUCGUCGUGUAUCCAAUAUUCCAAGUAACGGUGCUCGUAUGUUUAUUUGUAAGGCUGACGGUUGUGGAAAAGUAUUCAAAAGAUCUGAACAUUUGAAACGACAUAUUCGAUCAAUUCAUACAUUAGAAAAACCCUUUGAAUGUCCUUAUCAAAGCUGUAACAAACGAUUUUCUCGAUCAGACAAUCUCAAUCAACACAUUCGUAUACAUCGACAUAGUAAUAGUGGUUCAGCAAAA